UAGUUAGUUGAGACGAAUGGUCACAAAACACAGUUACCGACAACAUUCAAAUCAGACACUGUUAUAUGUAUAUCAUAAGAGCUACUAAGCUGUUUCCAUAAGCUCCAAAUUGAUCAAUAACCAUGUCUUCUCUGUUUCUUCUCCUCUUAUCCACCGCCAUCACCGCCGCCGUCGCUUCCAUUCCCGCCUACCCUUCAGUGUCGACAGACUGCACCGUUUCCGCCGCGGAUGAUAACCCGGUUCCCGUUCGUCGUGAAGUUUACGGCGACGGGAGAAUCUUCGACAUUAGCCAUAGAUACACCGUGGAUAUGCCUUCGUGGGGGAGCAAAGGUGGUCUGGGUCAGUUCCUUUGGCUUCCGUCAAGCAUGAAGAACGGUUCAAGGUCCAAUAAUUCCUUGAUGAAGCUGCAGUCGGUCCAUUCCGGCACCCACGUCGACGCGCCGGGACAUAUGGUCGACAGCUACUUCGACGCUGGGUUCGAUGUCGACACCCUUGACCUUGAUGUCCUUAACGGGCCAGCUUUAUUAGUGGAUGUGCCGAGGGAUAGUAAUAUAACCGCUAAAGUGAUGGAAUCAUUGAACAUUCCCAAAGGAGUGCGUCGUGUUCUUUUCAGAACAUUGAAUACCGACAGGCGGCUUAUGUUUAAAAAGGAGUUUGAUUCGAGCUAUGUUGGAUUCACCACAGAUGGGGCAAGAUGGUUGGCAAAGAACACUGACAUCAAACUUGUAGGAAUCGAUUUCUUAUCUGCUGCAUGCUAUGAUCAUUCCGUUCCAGCUCAUCUUGAGUUCUUUGAAGGCAGGGAAAUCAUUCUAGUGGAGGGCUUGAAACUUGAUAACGUUCCAGUUGGAAUAUAUAAUGUUCAUUGCUUGCCUUUAAGGUUGCUUGGUUCUGAAGGAUCACCCAUUAGAUGCAUUCUCAUCAAAUGAUCCCAACUCCUUCACUGUUCUUAUGCUAGAGAUUUCAUCACCGCUAAUGUUGUUCGGAUUUUUAAUAUUUUUGUCUAAACCCCUUUCUUAUGUUUAAACUUAGAAUUAUAAAUGAAUCGAAUUUGAACGAAUAAACUUUUGUUCAUGUUUGUUUGUA